AUGUCCAUGGUGUACUCGUUUGUCGACAUAGAGUCGUGUGUGACUCAGCGAGAGGUAGUCAGUGGUACACUGCUUUCCAGGCCACAGAGCAUAUUCUCAGGUCCAAAUUGUGCUCUCGCAAGCCGUGGAUGGAGAAAGGAGAUCCAAAACUACUGGGCUGAUUGCGUCUUGGUGUUUGUUCACCGUCUCUCUAGCACAAUGGAUCCAGGUCCUACAACGCCUAUCACAAAGACACUAGUCGGAGCAGAACUAGAAGAUGAACUACUUCACUCAGACUUUGUUUGUUUGGCGGACCAACCUGCGCUGAUUGAUGUGUUUACGACAACAGAGGAAGAAUACACCCUGAAUCCAUGA